GACCGAAACCAGAGUUCGCAUUUUAAUAAUAAAAAAAAAAAAACAAGACUGAGGAGAAUUUCACUUAACUUUGCAUGGGCACAUCUAUUCCAGUGGUGAGCAGCUGUCUCGUGCGCAUCAGUAGCAGUGAGAUAUUCAUGAAGACAGCAGCAAACCAAUGUCCACUGAUAACACUUCUGUUAAACACACUUCUGUCCAUCGGAUGAACACCGACUUUGAAAAGUAUCCUUUACCACGGUAUUGCAAGAGGACAAACAUUAUAUGCUGGGCCCAGUUCAAGAACGAUUAUAAAAAGCUGUCUAUGCAAUGUAAGGAUUUUGUAGUUGGACUUCUGGAUCUGUGUCGGAAUACAGAGGAGGUGGAAGCCAUUUUAAAUGGAGACACAGAGGCAGGUGGCCACUUUGACAAGGGCGGCAGACCUAAUCUAGUUCGCUUAAAACUGGCCAUCAAAUACGAGCUGAAAAAGUUUGUAGCCCAUCCAAACUGCCAACAGCAGCUUUUGUCCAUAUGGUAUGAGAAUCUGUCAGGGCUCAGGCAGCAAACCACAGCUGUCAAGUUGCUGGUGGUUCUGGGGGUUGUGGUUGGACUUCCCAUCCUGGCCUUACUGUACUGGAUAGCACCCUCAAGCAAGUUGGGGAAGAUCAUACGUGGUCCUUUCUUAAAAUUUGUGGCACACGCAGCUUCUUUCACAAUCUUUCUUGGCCUUCUCAUAAUGAAUGCUGCCGACCGUUUCGAAGGGACGUCUCUCUUACCAAAUAUGACCAUCCAUGACCACCCCUCCCAGUUGUUCCGCAUGAAGACCACCCCUUUUACCUGGAUGGAAAUGCUGAUUAUUUCCUGGGUCGUAGGAAUGAUUUGGGCUGAAUGUAAAGAGAUAUGGUCUCAGGGUCCUCGGGAAUAUCUGCAAGAGCCAUGGAAUUUGCUGGACUUUGGAAUGCUGGCCAUUUUUGUGACUUCAUUCAUUGCUAGAUUUAUGGCGUUUUGGCAUGCAAAUGUUGCACAGAAUUACGUCGACAAGCACUACACAGAUCUAUCAAACAUUACCCUGCCCCUUGAGAUAGAAUACUAUCGUCUUGCUCGCGUCCACUGGGUUCCUUCAGACCCUCAGCUGAUCUCUGAGGGCCUUUAUGCCAUCGCAGUGGUUCUAAGCUUCUCUCGGAUUGCGUACAUCCUACCGGCGAAUGAGAGCUUUGGGCCCUUGCAGAUCUCUCUGGGCAGGACUGUGAAAGACAUAUUUAAAUUCAUGGUGAUCUUCAUAAUGGUGUUUGUGGCCUUCAUGAUGGGAAUGUUUAACCUCUACUCGUACUAUCGUGGAGCCAAGCAGAAUGGCGCCUUCACAACGGUUGAGGAAAGCUUUAAAACUUUAUUUUGGGCUAUUUUUGGACUUUCUGAGGUCAAGUCUGUCGUCAUCAACAACGGGCACAAAUUCAUUGAGAAUAUUGGCUAUGUCCUUUACGGAGUCUACAAUGUUACCAUGGUUAUCGUCUUACUUAACAUGCUCAUCGCCAUGAUCAACAACUCAUUUCAGGAAAUUGAGGAUGAUUCAGAUGUGGAGUGGAAGUUUGCCAGGGCUAAGCUGUGGUUUUCGUACUUUGAAGAAGGAGGGACGCUGCCUGUGCCCUUUAAUCUCAUCCCCAGCCCAAAAUCAGUCAUCAGCCUGGCUAUGAAUCUCAAACAGCUCCUGCUAAUACCUCUUCACAGACACAAAGAGGACCUGAAGGAGGACACGGAGCUCAAUGAGUCGGGUAAACAAAAAGAAUCCAGUGAGAAGAAUUCACCUCAUACAAGUCGUUACCAGAGGAUCAUGAAACGGCUAAUCAAACGAUAUGUGAUCAAAGCGCAGACUGACAAAGAGGGAGAUGAAGUAAAUGAAGGGGAACUAAAGGAGAUAAAGCAGGAUAUCUCAAGUUUACGCUAUGAGCUGCUGGAGGAGAAAUCCCGUCAGACGGAGGAGCUAGCAGAACUGGUCAGGAGACUGGGAGAGAGAAUAACCGGUCAACGAAACCUGUAG